AUGAGGCCUUCUGCUGCGCGGUUGCUCAACAUAAUAGUCCCCAUAAAGAGGGCGGUAGACUAUGCCGUGAAGAUUCGCGUGAAUCCUGAGCAGACAGGCAUCGACCUCAAUGUUAAACAUUCCAUGAAUCCCUUUGAUGAGAUUGCCGUGGAGGAAGCCGUCCGGAUACGAGAACGCCUGAAGGAUGCAGUGAAAUCUAUCAAGGUUGUCACCAUCGGUCCACCAAAGUCCGCAGAGACGCUCCGCACCGCACUCGCCAUGGGUGCCGACUCUGCCGUCCACGUCGAAAUCCCGGAAUCUGCUCCGUCCCCAGAGCCUCUUGGUGUAGCAAAGACUCUGAAGGCCCUCAUCGAACGACAAAAGGAGGGUGUGGACGUAGUAAUCUUGGGCAAGCAAGCUAUUGACGAUGACGCUGGACAAACUGGACAAAUGCUCGCUGGCCUCAUGGGGUGGUCACAGGCAACAUUUGCGAGCAAGGUCGAGGUGGACCCAGAGCAGAAGGUUGCAAACAUCACUCGUGAGAUCGAUGGAGGUCUUGAAGAGCUUAGGUGCUUAAUGGUGCGUUUCAUUCGUAAUAUAAUAUUUCAUCACUCGGUUAAUUUCCGCCUAUUCCAAGAACCUCGGUAUGCAUCGUUGCCCAAUAUCAUGAAGGCCAAGAAGAAACCUGUCGAAAAGUUGACGGUUGCGGAACUUGGAGUUGAUAUCGCGCCUAGACUAGAGACCAUCGAAGUCACAGAACCUCCAAAGCGCGUUGGUGGCGGCAAGGUGGCAAAUGUGGACGAGCUUCUCGCCAAACUCAAAGAGGCUGGCGUCACCGGAAAGCGUGCAUGA